GUUCUAUUCGUUUGAGCGUGACCACGCGUGUGCGGACACAUGAUACGCGAUAUGCAUGCUUUGUUUACCGUUCGUUAUAAUUCUGUGAAGCACGUGCUCGAAUAGCCAAUUUUAGUUAAAACUCUGGUAUUCCGAGUGGGCACGUGCACGCGAUUAGCCUCCUCAUUUCGCAUCGAUUUCGUCCCUCUCAGUGACGUACGAUCCAUUUCGACCAUCGGAGGAACAACCGAAUCGAACAGUGACUUAUUUAAGCGCUUGCACAAUCCGCCAGCCUUCAGAUUGUUCUCGUGUGAUGUCCAUUUGACGAGACAUAAGCUACAAGUAAUUUUCUAAAGGGAGGAAAAAAAGUGACCGUCUCCCGUGUACUCUGUCACGGUUAGCAUCUCUGGCCGCGACGAAGACAGUAUCAACACCUUCCUUAUUCUAUACAAGUGUCUAUUUAUCGUGAACCUUUUAUAACACAAAGGAUUCAAUAGAUUUUGUCAUGUCAGCGAAAAGAGAUAAGGAUGCAAUGAACGAAGACAGUAGCAGCGACGAAGAUGAGGAUCCUGAUAACAUGGGUGUACCAGGUGGUGGAAAAGAUCUUGCCACUGCUACUGGGAUCGCAAACAUUAAGGAUGAAAAGCCUGCAGAUGCUCCAUCCAAUGUAAUGAUUAAAGGACAGGGGGGAAUAAACAUGCUAAAUCAAAAGUUUGGCAACAAAAUUCCUGGUGGGUUAGUGACUAAAACGGCAACACCAGGCUAUGAAAUGGUUCGUGUAGGAGGAUCGCAAGGUACACCAACAGACUUUGUCAAUGCGAGUCAGUUGAGUCAAUUAGGUCAGUUAGCUGCCGCUGGACCAUAUGGCUUUCCACCUGGAUUAGCAAGCCUUGCAGGUUUUAAUCCUGCAGCUUUUUUCCCACCAAGCAUGGAUAUGAGCUUAAUGAGUGGUUUUAUGGGAAUGCCAGGAAUGAACAUGGGUGUGAAUCCCCUUGUUCAACUGUUAAAUCAAAAUGGUUUACAUCCGAAUUGGCCGGCUGGAUUAUCAGGCAAAGCUAUGUCUCAGUUAUGGAUGAAUUCUCAAGAUCCUACAAAAAUGAAUAUACAGCCAACUUUACCGGAAGAGGAAGAGGUUGACGAUGAAGACAUGGGUGUUGCUGAAACGUACGCCGAUUACAUGCCUACCAAACUCAAACUUGGGCGAAAGCAUCCAGAUCCCGUGGUAGAAACUGCAUCGUUGUCUAGCGUCGAACCGACGGACGUCUGGUACAAAGUUUCAAUUCCGGAAGAAACAAUACGAACCGGAGCUUUAUCAGCGUUACAGCUUGAAUCGAUAACAUACGCGUCCCAACAGCACGAGCACCUCUUACCAGAUGGUACACGUGCUGGUUUUUUGAUUGGAGAUGGUGCUGGAGUUGGUAAAGGACGAACUAUAGCUGGAAUUAUAUUUGAAAAUUAUUUAAAAGGCCGAAAACGUGCCAUUUGGGUUUCCGUUUCAAAUGAUCUCAAGUACGACGCAGAACGGGACUUAAAUGACAUCGGUGCAUCGAAGAUUGAGGUGCACGCCUUAAAUAAAUUUAAAUAUGCAAAAAUUUCGUCAGCCGUGAAUGGUAAUGUAAAGAGAGGUGUGAUAUUUAGUACAUAUUCAGCUCUGAUUGGAGAGUCUUCCCAAAGCGGUGGCAAAUAUAAAAGUCGAUUGAAACAGCUUUUGCAAUGGUGCGGAGAAGACUUCGACGGUCUGAUCAUUUUCGAUGAGUGUCAUCGUGCGAAAAAUUUAUGUCCAACGGGCAGUUCGAAGCCUACCAAGACAGGUUUGACCGUUUUGGAACUACAGAAUAAACUUCCUAAAGCUCGAGUAGUAUACGCUAGCGCCACUGGUGCUUCUGAACCACGGAAUAUGGCCUAUAUGGUUCGAUUAGGUAUUUGGGGCGAGGGAACGCCUUUCCCCGAGUUCAACGAUUUCAUUACUGCUGUCGAGAAGCGCGGAGUUGGUACAAUGGAAAUCGUAGCGAUGGACAUGAAGCUGCGAGGCAUGUAUAUUGCUCGACAGCUAAGUUUUCAUGGUGUAGCUUUUAAAAUAGAAGAAGUACCUCUAUCCAAAGAAUUCACUGAAGUAUACGAUCGUUCCGUUUAUUUGUGGGUUGAAGCGAUGCAAAGGUUUCAAGAAUCGGCGGAACUGUUAGACGCCGAGAACCGUAUGAAAAAAACAAUGUGGGGUCAGUUCUGGUCAUCGCAUCAGCGUUUCUUCAAAUAUUUAUGUAUUGCUGCUAAGGUGAAGCACGCUGUCGCGGUUGCACGAGAGGCUGUCAAGUGUGGCAAAUGCGUGGUAAUCGGUUUACAAUCUACAGGCGAGGCUCGCACUUUGGAACAGUUAGAGCGAGACGACGGUGAACUCAGCGAUUUCGUGUCCACCGCGAAAGGAGUUCUCCAAACGUUAGUCGAGAAACAUUUUCCUGCGUCAGACCGUAAUCAUAUUCAACGAGUUUUGGGUAUCGAGCCGUCUAAAAUGCAGAGGUUAGAUGAUCUCGACGACAUGGAUGGCGCAGGUGGUUCAGCCGGCGGCAGUAAAAGGAAACCUGUAAGACAAGCGGCCCAGCGAGCUUCGAAGAGAGUUCGUCAUUUCCCAUCCGAUGAUGACUUCACCGACGAUGAGAGAAACGGCGGUCACAGUUCCGGCUCAGAGUAUAAACAAAGCGGAUCCGAGAGCGAAGACGAUCAUAGAACCGAAGAGGAGAGUAAUAUUAGUUCGGAUUCCACCUUCAAUUAUACCGAGUCUGAUUCCGACUCCGGCGAUAGACGAAAAAAGAAGGGCGGUAAGAAACAGAAGAAACCGGUUAAGAAACGUCCAGGAUACGUGGGAGCCGGUGCAGGAAACGCUGCGGUUCGUAAUCGAGCACCAUCCAGGGAUGCUGUGGAACGCGCAUACAGCAUGAAGAAGGAGUUAUUGUCACAAGUAGAAGAUCUAGGCGAGCGUUUACCUCCCAACACGUUGGAUCAGUUGAUAGACGAAUUCGGUGGACCUGAGAAUGUUGCUGAAAUGACCGGUAGGAAGGGCCGCGUCGUUCAGACCGAGGACGGUACCAUUCAGUACGAGUCUAGAUCCGAGGUAGACGUGCCAUUAGAAACGCUGAACUUGACCGAGAAACAAAGGUUUAUGGACGGUGAGAAGACGGUCGCUAUCAUCUCGGAAGCAGCCAGCAGCGGUAUCUCAUUGCAGAGCGAUAGGCGAGCAAGGAACCAAAUGCGGCGAGUACACAUCACUCUUGAAUUGCCUUGGAGCGCUGACAGAGCUAUACAACAGUUCGGACGUACUCAUCGUUCGAAUCAGGUGAAUGCUCCGGAGUAUAUAUUCUUGAUCUCGGAUUUAGCAGGGGAAAGGAGAUUCGCGUCGAUCGUCGCAAAACGUUUGGAAAGUCUUGGUGCUCUUACACACGGAGACCGUCGUGCCACGGAAACAAGGGAUCUCUCGCAGUUUAAUAUCGACAACAAAUACGGUCGUGCGGCUCUUGAAGCGACGAUGAGAACAAUCAUGAAGUACGAGGCACCGCUCGUGCCGCCGCCUCAGGAUUACCACGGGGACUUCUUCAAAGACGUGGCAGACGCGCUGGUGGGCGUCGGUUUAAUUUGUAACAGCGAGAGUACACCGGGUGUGCUUACUCUGGACAAAGACUAUAACAACAUGUCGAAGUUCUUGAAUCGUAUACUGGGUAUGCCAGUCGAUUUGCAGAAUCGUUUGUUCAAAUAUUUCACCGACACGUUGAACGCGAUCGUGACGCAAGCGAAAAAGACCGGUCGCUUUGACAUGGGUAUUCUUGAUUUGGGCACUGCCGGCGAAAAUGUAAAGAGAGUGAAAUUGUUUCGCUUCUUACGGAAACACGCAACUGGAAAAGCGCCAACCGAGCUACACGUGGUUCACGUGGAGCGUGGCAUGAGUUGGGCCGAGGCUAUGGAUAAAUGUUCCGAGUUGACAGGAUCCAAAGAAGGAUUUUACUUGAGCCACCAAAUUCGUAAUGGAAAACAAACGGCCAUUUUGGCAGUUGCUGUAGAUACUGGCAAAAAGAAGUCUGAGAGCAAGAAGGACCAAUUGUACAUGGUCUACAGGCCCAACACGGGAUUGCAACUUAGGCAAGAAACUCUAGGCGAAUUAGAGAAGAAGUACAAGAAAGUGUCUUCUGACGAGGCGGAGCCGCACUGGUCACAACAAUACGAUGCUUCGGUGGAUACGUGUUCCCACGCAUACUGGCGCGGUAAUUGUAAAAAUGCGACGCUCGGGAUGGAUUGCGAAGUUGGACUCCGAAGACGAUCCUACAACGUUUUGUCCGGUUCAGUAUUGAGCGUCUGGAGUCGAGUAGAAAGCAUUCUAGCGACCCGUUCUGGUCACAACACGAAAAUGCAAGUUGUACGCUUACGAACUGAUGAGGGUUUGAAGAUAGUCGGUACCCUUAUUCCAAAGUCAUGUAUGGAGAUAUUACGUCAAGAGCUAGCAUCCGAUUCAGACAACACCGAGGAACUUACAUUUUGAACAUUCGGUACACCGCUUUAUAGAGCAGGACCAAUGGAAGCGACUUUAUAAUGGACAAAUCCCUCUUCGUAAGCCUUGCGACAGAAUUCGAGAAGGAAGGGGGUGCACUUACGAAAGCAUGGCGAAGAUACACGCGUCAUCUGUUGAGAGGUGUAAAGUAGAUUCGAAAUAGUGAGUCUAUAUAGUGUCGUAUCGCUCCGUUCAAUAACGGCAAGUGAAAUCAACGUGUGACACGAACGUUUCCAAUUCGCGAUCCUAUGAACUUCUUGAGAGAUCCGAGCUUGUCUCUUCGUUAGACUCUCGCGUUGUUAUUUUAUAAGUUAACGAAGCGUACUGCUCGCUCGUCACAUCCGGACACGCGAACAUCAUUAAGUAGCUAAAAUUUUCUUUUCUCUUCUUCUUCUUCUUCUUCCUUCUUUCUUUCUUGAUUUUAGACCCAGACUACGUCCGUGUUAAAUUCACCUCGAGAACACAAAACGAACACACGUUUUCUAUUAUCCACGA